AUGGAAGAAGACAACACAAGAAUUGGCUGCGCACUCAUAUACAACACCAAGGAACGCGCGUCGGAGGUCAAAAGGGAGAGAGGAGGGCUGGCGAGAGAGCACCUCAAGGAUGCUCCUCCGAUGUCCUCCAACCUGAACCAAGACGAGCUCGCGCGAAUCGAAUGCGCACUACGAUCAUUCCUCCUUUUCCCCAUCUUCUCGCUGCUCGCGGUAUCAUGCGAACGCAAAAAAGAUAAAGCGGAUAAAAACAAGUGUGAGGAAGACUUGACACGUCGCUUGUUGUUGGGUCAACUCUUGCCCCGCACGCAAGACUUGACACAAAGAAACAAAAACAAAAUAAUGUAUAGUUGGGAAGGAGAUGGGAUAACAGAUCGAGAGGAAGGGAAGUCUGCUGAGGUCACUGGCGUUCGAUCCACUCCGCUUUAUCACUGA